AUGGGAGAGAAGGAAAUUGUUAUGGACAUGACAUUGAAUAUGAUGCAGUCCAAAAACAUACUUACAACUUUGAAACGCAAAAGACCCGAAAACAUCUCAAAUAUGAAGGAAGUGUACAAUAUUCAUGUUAACAACAAUAAGGUAUUAAGGGGAGAUAAACCUGAAAUGCAACAACUAUUGAAACUUUUGGAUGAUAACAAUUAUGUAUCUAGGUAUCAAACGUGCGAGGAUGGAGUAACCGUUCGAGAUAUAUAUUGGACUCAUCUGGAUCUGAUAAAAUUCUUCAAGGUUCCUACUGUGCUCAUCAUUGAUUCAAUGUAUAAGAUCAACAAGUAUAAACUUCCACUAUUGGAAAUCAUUGGUGUUACCUUUAUCAAGAUGACUUUUUCUGUCGGGUUUGUAUUUCUCGAGAAUGGAAAAGGGGAAAAUGUUUCUUGGACUUUAGAAGUGUGUCAGGUAAUGUUGAAGGACAAAAAAUACAUGCCUAAAGUCAUUGUCACCGAUCGCGAUAUCACAUUGAUGAAUUCGGUUGCAAAAGUCUUUCCUACUUCUUACACAUUACUUUGUAGGCAUCAUAUCACAAAGAAUGUGAGAAGUUGA